CCCGGAACGCAAAAUCACGUGAUUCAGUGAAUCUUUUUCGAGUCAUUUUCAAGGAGGGAUGAGAGUAAGGUGCUUCUCACUGUAAAGAGUGAUGGGAGUCUGACAUUAUUUCUGGUUUAUACUGUGUUGAAGGUAGUGAAGAACCAUUUCUAGCACGGUGCAGCAUGGUGGUUUGUUCUACUCUAUUUCUGCACCUUUCCAGUCGUUAAUAACACACUGUGGAGGCUUGGAAGGAAGAGGCGAGGCCCCGUCGGUGGGGGUGGUGCUGUUUUUAACUGUGCGAUACCCGCACAGACCCCUUCUCACUUUAUCUGGGAGUUUAAUCGGGGGUGAUGCAAGCGGAAACGACAGCAAUGCCAGUCUCUGAAAGCGAGGAAAAACAGGAGCUGUACAACCAAAAUAAAACUCCUGCCGCUCUGAAGGGGAACUCAAAAGACUGGCAGUACAGUGAUCACAUGGAGAACAUCUGUGGUUACCUGAUGAAAUACACCAACCUCGUCACAGGCUGGCAGUAUCGAUUUUUCGUCUUGAACAAUGAGGCGGGGAUGCUGGAGUACUUUGUGAAUGAGCAGUCCAGAGCUCAGAAGCCCCGGGGGACAUUGCCGCUGGCCGGGGCUGUCAUCUCCCCCAGCGAUGAGGACUCGCACACCUUCACCGUCAACGCCAUCAGCGGGGAGCAGUACAAACUGAGAGGUACAGAUGCAAAAGAGCGACAGCACUGGGUUAGCAGGUUGCAGAUCUGCACACAGCAUCACACAGAGGCCCUAGGCAAGAGUAAUCCCCCCCUGAAAUCUCGGAGUUUCUCAAUGGCAUCGCAGAGCAGCAGUGGUUCCCCCCUUUUACUGAGGAGAGCCAGUCAGAACGCUGCCUCCUUCUUCAACGUGUCGCAACACAAAGGAUCGUCCUCCUCGAGCAGGAGGACCCUGCAGCCAGACCACUUGAUGGCUGUGCGGGAGAUGAUGACCCAGGCUGAAGGGCAGCACAGGGACCUGAUCCAGACAAUAGCGAGCUUGCCUGCCUCUGGUGGGCUGGCUCCCCUGGACCGGGACCUGCUCCUGCUCAAAGCCACAUCGAUGGCAACCAUGAACUGCCUCAAUGACUGCCUCCACAUUCUACAGCUCCAGCAAGCAGCCCAGCAGAAGUGCCCAGUCCCAGAGGCGACCAUCGAGUGGCUGGAGCCCAAGCUGCCUCUGUCUGAUCACCUGAAGAAUGGCAACACCCUCCAGAGCUUCUCCACCCGGGAGAGCAGCAAGUCGCCAGACAACUGUAUGGUCCAGAUCAGCCCGGAGCCCUGCCACUUAAGUGCGGAACACGACGACAUAGAUCCAGAGGAUGAGGUCGUGGAUUCCUUUGUUGAGAAGGAGGAUGAACUGGGGCCCAUCGAGGAAGAGCGCAGCAUCAUCUUACACCUGCUGUCCCAGCUCAAGCUGGGCAUGGAUUUGACGAGAGUGGUUCUUCCUACCUUCAUCCUGGAGAAGCGUUCCCUGCUUGAAAUGUAUGCAGAUUUUAUGUCCCAUCCGGAUCUGUUUGUCGCCAUCACUGAUGGGGCUAACCCUGAGGACCGGAUGAUCCGCUUCGUGGAGUAUUACCUCACAUCCUUCCACGAAGGGCGCAAGGGGGCCAUCGCCAAGAAACCUUACAACCCCAUCAUCGGGGAGACUUUCCACUGCUCGUGGAGGGUCCCCUCCCACAAGGGCAGCUCCUUGUCGUCCCAGGGCAGCCUGAACAAGGCUGGUUUGGAGGGGGGGAAGGAGGCCUCAGACUCUUAUCACGUCCGCUUUGUGGCAGAGCAGGUGUCCCAUCAUCCCCCUGUUUCCGGGUUUUAUGCGGAGUGUGCGGAGAGGAGGAUGUGUGUAAACACCCAUGUGUGGACGAAGAGCAAAUUCAUGGGAAUGUCUAUAGGAGUUUCCAUGAUCGGAGAAGGUCUCUUGUGCCUGCAGGAGCACGAUGAGGAAUACACCUUCACCCUGCCCUGUGCAUAUGCUCGCUCCAUACUCACAGUGCCCUGGGUGGAGCUGGGAGGGAAGGUCAAUGUCAACUGUGUGAAGACCGGCUACUCUGCAGCCAUUACCUUCCAAACCAAACCCUUCUAUGGGGGCAAACUGCACAAAGUCACAGCUGAAGUGAAGCACAAUCCCACCAACACAGUGGCAUGUCGGGUGCAGGGGGAGUGGAAUGGCGUCCUUGAAUUCUCCUACAGCAACGGUGAAACCAAAGUGGUGGACGUCCCCAAACUCCCAGUGACGAAGAAGAGGGUGCGGCCCAACGAGAAGCAGGGAUCCUACGAGUCCAGGCGACUGUGGCAACAUGUGACCCAGUCCUUGAGGGAGGGAGAUAUAGAGAAGGCAACAGAACACAAGCGACUGUUAGAGGAGAGACAGAGGGCCGAGGAGAGGCAUCGCACGGAGACGGGGGCAGCGUGGUGCACCAGAUAUUUUCAGAGUGAGGGUGAAGGUUGGGUAUAUCACAAACCAUUGUGGAAAACGUCGGGAGCAAGCGUUUAAAUCCACUGACCCAAGAGUACAAUACAACUAUUCUUUUGAAUGACUGCGUCAGGUUUUAAUUUAGCCAUAAGGUGUGGGUUUUGUUUUUUAAUUAUAACAACAAAAAGUUAACUCCCCUUUUUCCCUUAGCAAGGCUGUACUGUGAAAGAGAAAACAAUAUUAUAGGGCACUUUAAAUACAACACGACAUGAGGUGCAUAUUUUAUAACGAUUCAUGAAUACUUUUGUAUGUUCAAGUACUUAAUGUCUUUGAAUCAAUCUGUGUUCUUGUACAGCUUGUACAUUAUAAGAGGUACUUUACUGAUGCUGCCUUAAGAUAGGCUAGAUUUGAGCAGCUGCGAGCAAUGUUGAUGCCUUGGUUUUGUGUGAUGAACUCUACUUGGAGAUUACAAAGUUAUCCUAUCUGGGAGUUUGUGCACACAAUGCGCCGUGUAUGAGGAGUGGAAAUGACCUGCGCAAUUUCUUUUCCACCCAAUAUAUGAAAGAACUGCCUGUCAUCGCCAAGCAAAUGACUGAGAGAUUGUAUUGCAAAACAGGAUGCCUUCUCACUUUGCGAUCAAGGAAUAAGUAGCAGUUACUUUCAAACCUGACUUUUAGACUUUUUUUUUUUCUCCUCCAUCAUUAUUGAAUCUCACUGAUGUCGAAAGACAUAAUCAAAAUGAGAGAUGUUUGCUGCCGAGGGAUAAACUCCAGCUGCUGUUAAACUGAACUCUGAGAUGACCUUCUGCUUGUUAAUACCAAGGGAGAGGAAAAGCAUAUUGUCAUUCUUAAGCUUUUUUCAUUCUCCCCCACCACGUCCUUCUAAAACUGUAUACUGUGGCGUUUGGGAUCUGCUAAUAUCUUCAGCAUCAUGUUAUGCUGUACUGGUGUGUGUGUAUAUAAAAAAAAAAAAAAAAAAAUGCUGAAAUGUACUUUUGUUUCAAAAGACUUAAUCAUAUUUUCUAUGAUUACAAAAUAUACAAUAAUGUUGUAUUAAUUCAGUUCAGUUAAUCUGGGAAGCAAUCUUCCCAGCCUGAUCCUUAGAGUCAAGACACUGAAAUGUUUUAGAACAGGUAUCCUACUAAACUCAUUUAUUAAUCACCAUUAUGUGGGAAAUUAGCUGUAGUGUUGGAUAGAUUUGAGGUGCCUCAAACCCCUUUACCCUCCCCACUAAAGCAAAACAGCCAGCCGUUCCCCGAUAUGUUGGGUCUUGCUGCUUAAAAAAUGGGUUUUAAGAUCCUGCUGUUCAUUGCAUAAUCGACAGCUUCUGCUUUUGCUUUAAGAAACUAAAAGUGAACCACCUCAGGAAGGUGGUCACGAUUCUGGAUUAAACGUACACUAUGUGAUCAAAGUACCUCUUGGUACCUAUAUGAAAAUGAAGGCUUUUAUUUUAUAACAUUAACAGCAACAAACGCACACACACUGGCUCUUAAACUGAAAGUGUGGAGCGUGUUUGCACUGGUUGACGUCAGGCUUUUUUCUGUUUCUUUUUUGUUAAUGCGAUUCACAACUCAAUCUUCAAACAAGUUUAAUAGAUAUGAAGUUGAUUGUUCACAAAGGGGAAACGUGGAGGGCAUGGUCAGUUUGUAUAGUGAACCAAUUCUCAUGGGGAAAAGGAGGAGCUUCUUUAACUCCACACAAAGAGGUUGGUAAAGGAUGGUUUUCAAUGUAUUGAUUUUCAUUGUCAUACGAUACCUUAAUCUCUCCAGCGUGGUGCCUUACACUAUUUCUUCUUACAUUAUGUCUUCCAGUCAGUGUAAGUAACAUAACCUAUCAACUACAGUACUGAGGAAAGUGGUAAGCCAAUCUAUUGUUUCAUCAUGGAUCAUGAACAAUAUCAUGGCGUCGUUUUGAUAUUUCAGAAAUAGCAAGAACAUCUACUUAGGGAUCUGCAAACUUUAACAAACAAGUUUGUUUAUAAAAUGUAUUCCUGUUACCUUUGAAAAUGAGAUGCAAUUGAUGGACAUUGACUUUACAGAUCGAGUGGUUUUAUGCUCAUUACUGGGUAAAAGAACCACUCUACGUUUUGCUGACCUGUGAAAUGCACUGAAAUAAAUUAAGAUGACACUCCUUGUAGUCUUAGAUAAGUGUGAAAAAUGAAUGACCUAUAAAUAAAUAAAUAAAAACCACUCAUGUAA